AUUCUUCUUAGAGUUUUCUUAUGAAAACGAAAGGAACGAGGAAAAGAAGUCCCGAGAGAGAUGAUUUAUAUUUAUGGACAUAGGAGCUCUUCCAUUUGUCUUCUUCCAAAGCAAGAAGAUAGCAGAUGAGAGAGAAGGGAGAGCACCGAUCGAUCGAGCCUUCAGCCUCUUGUUGAAGGAAGAAGGACGAGGUUGGUCCUUUCACUCCCAAUAUCUUCUCCCUUGGGGCAACGCAUCGGCCUCGUGUCUCUUCAUCUGCAACCUGCAGCGUUAUGGGGUUUGAGAAGUCCGUAGUCAGGAACUUGAGCAGGAUCGAAGCAAGGAGGCUUGGCUUGGCCUUGCUUGUGGGCUGCUGCUUAGUGAUCCUGAUCUACCUCGUCUCCAUGUCGGAAACCUCCGUUGAUGAGCAGGCAACUUUAACCUUCAAGAUUGGCACUGAUCAAGAGGCAGAAGGCGAGAUUAGGCAAGUAAAGCCAGAAAAAGAAAAGAAAGCAGAGGAGCAGCUUUCCCUUAUGAGUUUGGACGACAAUAACAGAGAACCGAAGAAACCAGGUGACAAGAGUCUCCUUCCGAAGAAAGAAACGACCCAAGUGAUUGAGAUGCCGAAGCCGCAAUUAACGGACUCAAUCUGCGACUUCUCCAACUUCAGAACGGAGUUUUGCGACCUGAAGGGCGAUGUCAGAAUCCACGGCAAGAAGAAGGCCGCCACCGCCGGCGUGGUGCUCGUGUCGGCCCACCGAAAAGCCGAGGAGUACAUGGUCGUCCCCUACGUCCGCAAACACAUGGGCAACGUAGAGAAGGUCGCGGUUCGAACCGCUACGGCGGCGCCCGCGUGCACCGUCAACAGCGCCGUCCCCGCCAUCGUCUUCGCCCUCGGCGGCUUCACCGGCAACUACUACCACGAUUUCACUGACGUGCUCCUUCCCCUGUUCCUGACCGCGCACGAGUUCCACGGCGAGGUCCAGUUCCUGAUCACCAACAUCCAGUCGUGGUGGCUCAGCAAGUAUCAACCCAUCUUCGAGCUGCUCACUCGGUACGAAUUCGUCGACCUCGACAAGAGCGACGACGUGCACUGCCGGCCGCACGCCCUGGUCGACCUACGCUUCCACAAUGACCUCACCAUCGACCCCGCCCGCGCGCCCAACGGCAUCUCCAUGCUCGAUUUCACCAAAUUCCUGCGCGAGGCGUACGCGCUCCCGCGGGAUCGCGCCGUCAGCCUUCGGGCGCACCCGGAGCUGCGGGCGCGGCUCCUGUUGGUGGCGCGGAACGGCACGCGGCGGUUCACCAACGUGCCGGAGAUCGUGCGGGCGGCGGAGGCGGUGGGCUUCGAGGUGGUGCUCGCCGACGCGGACUUCGGGAACGUGGCCGGGUUCGCGGAGGUGGUGAACUCGUGCGACGUGAUCAUGGGCGUGCACGGCGCAGGGCUCACCAACUUGGUGUUCCUGCCGACGAACGCGGUGGCGAUACAGAUCGCGCCGUGCUGCGACUUGGAGGGGGUGGCGGAGCACACGUACGGGCCGCCGGCGAGGGAUUCGGGGCUGCUCUACUUGCAGUACGGCGUCAGCGUGGACGAGAGCACGCUGUUGGAGUCGUAUCCGAGAGAUCACCCGGUGUUCACGGACCCGCAGUCGAUCCACCGUCAAGGCUGGUUCAAAAUGGGGAAGAUCUACCUACACCAGCAGAACGUGAAGCUCGACGUCGACAGGUUCAGGCCGGUCUUGAUCAAAGCCAUCGAUCAUCUCCGUCAAUAGAAACACAUUCACACAAAGAAAUCCAAGGAAUUCCGCAAGAAAUUUAACUCUGUUAGCAAGAUUUUUGGUUUGGUUCUUAAUUUCUUUUAUCAUCCUAAACUGUAUUUAGCUUCUGUAAUUAUGCAAAUUCGUCACUAGAUCUUCAAAAUCCAAGAA